AUGAGUUGUCCAGGUGAAGAUCAUGACUACGUAAACAUCAUCAUUGAUUUUUCGUCAUGGUGUACACAUUUUCGUGCGGAACUUUUAGAACCCCUUUUCCGGAGCCUAGACAACUUAUUCGGUUUUCAAAAUGUGUAUGGGUUCACCCAUCUGUUUCCCCUGAUUUCUACUCUUCUCUUCCAGGACAGAUAUGAGCCCCCUGACCAAGAUAUCAAUGGAGAUCCAGUAGAAGGACCUCGAUGCGUUGUGGGACCCGAAGCUUGGCUCGAAGGCUUAAGACAAAAAGGAUGGACCUUGGCUACGAUUCUGAUUAUCCUCCGCGCCGCUCAUGCAUGUGAUACGACCGCCUCUUUGCUUGGUCAAGGUGAUAACCAGAUUAUCGUACUUCGAAUACCUUCAUCAGAAUAUCUUAAUGAGAGAGGCUUGACGCCUGACACCUACACCCAACAGUUUCUAACAGUUCUAGAGCAGAUCUGUACAGAGUCAGGAAUUGUUAUUAAAGUUCCAGAGUCAUGGGUAUCAAAGAGGUUACUAGAGUAUGGGAGAAAAUACUUCAUAGAUGGGGUGGGGGUUCAGGUGAGCGGUGCCAUAAAAAAGGCAUCACGUCUCACUAGCGAGGCUAACCAGGCAGUCUACACCCUAAACACUGUGCUUGCAGGUCUUUUCUCUAGUGGAGCCUCAGUAGCCAGCGAUGAUAUCACAGCCAUACCAGCAUACAUGAUUACCGUAUUUGAAGCAGCCAACCUCCUAUGGAGAUACCACCCGGAGUUCCUUACGAUGUCGGAUGAAUGGAUGACCACACUCUUGAUGAUGAACAGAUCAAUAGGAGGGUAUCCAGUUGUGCUAUAUCCCCAGUUUGCUCUCCGCGCAACCCAAGACACCCUCUCUUUGGGACUCAGCGUCAUGAAGCAUUUACUCCUUAGGCCUCAGUUCAGAGACUGUGUCUACCAGCUUCUAGACAUUACACGCUUUUCUCAUCUGGACUACACACAAUUAAUUAAAGACCCCGGAAGCAUCCCGCUAAACAUACCCCCACAGCCUGAAAACUUUACAGUAGCUGAUGAAGAAAAAGAGCGUUUGAAAAGAGAUUUACUCUCUAUUAAACCAACAAAUCCAAAACUUUUAUGCAAAUUAUGGCAACUCUCAAACAUAGGAGUGCGAGAAAAAGUUAUAGGUAAAUUUACCACCUCUAGGUCAAUUCAAAGUGCGUCUCUAGGUACCUGGAUCGAUGAGAAGAGUCUCUUGACUACAAUACAAGCGUAUGAAACUAGAAUAUCAAGACACUACAUAAAAGCUAAGAAUAGACCCUUCACAAAGGUUCUAGAGAAUUGUCCCUGUGUUACCGCUUUGACCCAAAAAACUCGAGAAACAUUGUGGGGUAUCCCUUUAGAAGGAAUAACGAUGCCUACACUUUCUGACAAACUAAUCCUGAAGUCCUGGGAUAACAUCGAUGACACAACAGUUCCCUCAUCAAUUAUGUUGGGAUGGUCGGGAACUUCAGAGAAGAACUGCUUCUAUGAAAGAGGUCCACGCACUCCGUAUAUAGGAUCCCAAACCCGGGUGAGGACUAAACGGGCCGCUCUUCAAGUGUUAGAGGUUGGCAGUAUGAUUGAAAAUAUAAAGACCCUCUUUGAGGCUAAAAGCUGGGUGAAGGCGUGCGAAUCGGACGUGUACGUGAUUUACUUG